AUGAGCAGUUCUGAAUCCAUGAGUGUGGAUGACACUACUGAGCAACAACAGCAAGAAAAUGACAUGCAACAAGAUGGGCAACAACAGCAGCAGCAAUCCACCUUUGAAACUCCCGAAUUCAUGACAGAUUGGACAGACAAGCAAAAAUCUGAGUUUGCUUUUCAGUUAUUGACCAGUUUACCUCCCAACGAAGUCAUUCAAAUCGUUGACCGCAUAUCACCUUAUCUGCAUCGCAACAUUUUAUCACAAUUGCCAUACGAAAUCGCCAUAGAGAUUUUGGGAUUUUUGGAUGUGUCUUCACUGAUACAGGCAUCACAAGUGUCUCGAGGAUGGCAUGCAUUAUGUGAAGAGCAGAGUUUAUGGCGAAAUCUGUUUGAGCAACAAGGAUGGGGAUACGACCGAGAAGAGAUGGAUAUUUAUAUAUCAAAUAUACCCGACGAAGAGGAUUAUCAUGCCAACAGCAGUGGUGGCAGCAGCGGUGGCGGCGGCGGUGGCGGAAGCUCUGGUAACAUUGCGCCUCUUCCCAUUGUGAGAACAUCAUCGCCACUUAUCGGCAAAAGCAAAUGGUCUCGAUUAUAUACCAUGAAGAACCGACCUAUUGCAGACACCAAAUCCAUUCGAAAGAUCAAACGAUUUACACUAGAGACACUCAGUGCAGGUGGUGCAAACAGCAACCUUAACCCACACUACGACCCUGUAUCAGAUACCCGCUACAUCAAUUGGCAAGCACUCUACCAGAACCGAUUAAAGAUUGAAAGACGAUGGAAAGAUGGCAGCUGCAAAGUGCGCAUGUUUCCUCCUGCCAACUGCCCUGUAUCGGAUUUACACACAGAAGGCAUUUACUGUAUACAGUUUGACAAGGAGAAGAUGGUUACUGGCAGUCGUGAUCGCACCAUCAAGAUUUGGGAUAUUCAAACUGGCAGAUGCAAGAUGACAUUACGAGGACAUACGGGCAGCGUCUUGUGCUUACAAUACGAUACACACGAUGUUGUUAGUGGAAGCUCAGAUACCAAUUUGAUUGUGACGGACAUAGAGACUGGAUUAGUCAAGCGUACAUUAUCAGGACAUACCGACAGCGUGCUCAGUUUGAGACUGGUCAACAAGAAUCAGAUUAUCAGUUGCUCCAAAGACAGAACUUUGCGAUUAUGGAACAAGCAUACAGGCGAAUAUAUACGGCAAUUCAAUGGACAUCGGGCAGCGGUCAAUGCCGUACAGUGGCAUGAUAACAGAGUAGUAUCGGCUUCCGGGGAUCGCACCAUCAAGAUUUGGGAUCUAAACACAGGGGCUUGCUUAAAGACAUUGGAAUCACAUACACGCGGUGUUGCUUGUGUUGAGUUUGACGGUGCAUUUAUUGUUAGUGGGUCGAGCGACCAGACCAUCAAAGUAUGGGACGCUACAUCAGGAGAAUGCGUUUACACUUUGGUUGGGCACACUGAACUGGUGCGAACGAUUCAACUGGAUCCGGUAGCAAAACGAAUUAUCAGUGGCUGUUACAAUGGACAUUUAAAAAUUUGGUCGCUGGAUGAAGGAAGGGCAUUGAGAGAUUUGGGACAAGCAACGGAAGGAAGAAUACUCAAUUUAAAAUUCGAUUUCACAAAGAUUGCCUGCUGCUCAAAUCUUGUCAAGAUUGUGAUUUACGAUUUUGCGGACGGCAUUGACACCAAAUUUUUGCUUUAA